CACCCGGGGCUCCUCUUCGCGCCCCUCCCAGGCUCGCCUCAGGCGGGGGAAGGGACUAGGCCGAGAAGCCUCCGGGGGUUCCUAUGGCAACCGGAAAACACCCUGCGAGCGGGACGUGGAGAGACGAAGGCAGCUUCGUUCUGGGAGCAAGGGAUAAUCCAGGUCCAAGCAUUUUUCUGCAAUGGAAAUUAAAUCAUCCAGAAGCCAACAAAAGCAUGGGAAACAUUCAAGACAUUCAACAUCUAAAACGGAUGCUGUUGUAGAAUUAUACCUCAGUGAGGAACAUGAAAAAAAAAGUAAAGCAGCAAGGGUUAUUCAGAGAGCCUGGAGAAGAUGGCUGGAUGUCGGUGUGUUUGACUACUACAAAGAACUAAUUUCCUUUAGAAUAUGCGGGGAACCUUACCAUCUGAUGAGGUUCAUUGAUCCUAAAGAGGCAGGAUUUAUAGAUGCGGCAGCAGGGAUUCAUAUAAGAUUCAGACUUGGUGGUGUGAAGUUUCCUCCAUGCAUAUAUUACAAGAUAUUUACCCACAGACCUGUUGUGGAUCUGUGUGCAAACAGUCCCAAAGACUACGCAAAGCUAGCAUCCAAGUCAAGGCCACGACGAAGGUUCCAGGAAGCAGGUUUUGACGAUCGCAGGGACUGGUACCAACGCAUAGAGAAUAAUGGCUGGCGACUCCUUUCCAACAGGUUUUGGAAGGAUAUGGACCCCUUAACUGCUAAAGACAAUAUCCAAAUAAAGGAAUUCCACUACUGCAAGGUGCAAAAGAAACAAGUUGUAGAAAGAAAAAGAAAAAGAAGAAAAAUAGAGUGGCUGAAAAAAAUGUACUUUGGCGAAAGCCUGCAAGCUAAAACUGAGGACACAGAUGCAACAGUAUUAAUUCAAAGAGCAGCAGAAGGGUUAAUCAACACUCUGGAGGAUGAAGGGAUAGAUAACAUAAUGGAAUGGGAAGUGGAUGAAUUGCUGAAAUGGACAAAUGCACUCAACUACGAAGAGUAUGUUAAGGAAUGGAAAGAAAUUGGAACAAGCAGGACUUCCAGCUGCAUCCAAGGUUUCCAGUUUACUGACAAACCAAUUGUCACUUUGGGAUCUAAUGAGAUACCAAACAACAUCAAGCAACUAGUAGAGUCACAAAUGAAUUUGGAUAAAGAGUCAGCACAAAGGAAACGCCUUUUACAGUUGUAGAUAAUACUUCAGUGGCAAAACUCACCUGACAACUCUUCAAGCAGCAGCUGCAGCAGCAGGAAAAUAAAGCUUCAGGAGACAGAUAAGCAACAAACAACCUGGAUGUUGAAAGAUAAGUAGCUAUCUCUGUGUAUUUGUAUAUUUCGCAGCCUUAUUUGUCCUGGCACAUUAACACAAAACCCAAGUGUUUUAAGUCAAACCUUAUUCCAGUGUUGCGGUGAAGCACAUUGAAUAAAGGAGUUGCUUUCGGAAGUGCA